UUAAGGCAGUGGUACUAAACUAGACGAAUCACUUUUAUUGAAUCAAGAAGUAGAACCAGACAAUGAGGAGUAAGAGAACUGAUCUCAUACAGCUCGGCUGAAGUGAAUCCAUAAUCUUGGUUUUACUUUUAGUUAGUUCAUAAAGAAGAGACGAUAGUUCUAGUAUCUGAGGUUUAACUCAGCUCAUGAGGUUUUGAGAAAGAUUAAUAUCCCCCCAUUUAAGAUCGUUGCAAAUAAAGUCACCGAGUAUGUUUUGGGCCCUAAUACAGCCCAGUUCUGACUCUUGCGUAUGUUAACUAGUCGAAAUUAAGGAAAGAAGAAAGCUAAAGCCUCUAGGGUUUCGUUCGUCUUAUGCCUAUAUAUAUGAAGGGGUUUGUAUAAUCCAUCUACGAUGAAAAAUAUGGAACAGCAGUUCUCCGAGAAUCUAACAUUAGCUAGAUUUGUCACACAAUGUUCGAAAUCGGUAAGAGAAUACUCAGUCCCACAAAUCCCAGACGAUCUACUCAUCAUUAUAUUCUCUCUUGUCACGGGAAAGUCUGUAGCAAGGUUUCGUUGUGUUUCGAAACACUGGGCAUCCGUACUUCGCCGUUCUGAUUUCACCGAGUUAUUUUGGACCAAGUCUUUGACUCGUCCACGUCUCCUUUUCACCAUAAACUUUAAUGGCAAGUUGUUCUUCUACUCUGUACCUCAGCCUCAUAAUCCAGAUGAUAACUCUUCUCUUGUAGCCACCCCAUACCAAACGUGUUCAUUUCCAAAACGUCUUCUUGCUAAUACAUUUAAACCACUCUGUGGAUUGGCAUUACUCAUGGACGAGCCGGUGAUUUGUAACCCUGCCACUGGAGAGUUCCUAACCUUGCCCAAAGUUCUUCUAGAAGAAAAAGACUUACCCAACCCCAAGGAGUUUUCAAAAAUGUUUUGCUUAGGAUAUGAUCCGGUCGGAAAACAGUCCAAAGUGUUGUGUAUGACCUCUUCAUCAUUUGAUGAAAGACUAACUACUCAUCUGGUUUUGACGCUAGAGUCUCGAAAGCCUUUAUGGAGAAAGGUGGAACUCAAAUUCCUUUUUGUGAGAAACCGUAGAAUGUCAUUUGGUUCUAUAUGUAUAAAUGGUGUUUUGUAUUUCGGAGCUGAGUUCGGGAAAUCUACUGUUAUGGUAUGCUUCGACGUUAGGUCUGAGAAGUUCCGCUUUAUAAACACAGAUGAAGUCAUGGAACUAGAUAGGCGUUUUGAACUUUUCAACUACAAAGGUAAAGUAGGUAUACAUCGUAACAGGUAUAAUAGAUAUGAGAAUAGAUAUGAGAAUAGAUUUGUGUGGUGGGUUCUAGAAGAUGCUAGGAAUCAUAAAUGGUUCAAGCAUGUCUUGGAAUUGUCUCCUUACGAGGAAAAGAUGGUCGAGAAUACCAAGAUUGUUGGAAUGACUGGUACAGGUGAAAUUGUAUUCGCGUCGUACUCGCACCUCCCAAUCAGCUGGUGCCGCGUUGUCUUCUACAAUAUGGAGAGAAAGACUUUUACAAGAGUCAAAAUUGAGGGAUUUGAAGUUGAAGAACCUAGGGUGAAAAAAUAUAUAGAUACAUUCAUAGACUAUGCAGAGAAUGUGGAGUUUAUGUAAGUGUGUUCAUAAGGCUUUCCUAUAUCAUUACUUGAGAGUUGAUACUUUAUAUUUCUCUUCUUCAAGUAGUUUGAGUUUCAACUUUUUUUGCAUGCAUGUUUUAUUCUUU